AUGAAUGAAACAUCGAUUAUAAGCGAACAAUGGCUUAAUGAAAUUCAAUUUGGUAAUGUAGGUGCAGCUCUAUUUAUCAUAGCUUAUAUUGGUUUCUAUGGGUUUGGAAUCAUGUCUUUUUUUAUUCAACAAUUAAAAGAAACUCAACGACAACGUUCUGAUUUACCAGCAUAUUUUUUAAAAACACUUUGGGAUGUGCCAAGUAAAAAUAAACUUUAUGAAGAAUUAGCUGAUGUUGAACGUUUAAAACGAAUAUUUCGUUGUUAUUUUACGGAUCAUGAGUCGUAUACGACAAUAACAAAUGAUGAACUCCAAGCUAUUGUUGACGAACGUGCAUAUGCAUGUGCUUUAAAAUAUCGAGAAAAAUUGCGUCGUCUUCAUUUAUCACAUACAGAUUAUUAUUUAGAUACAAUUCACCGUCUAUCUCAUAUUGGUACUGAUGUUCAAGAACAAGUUUCAAAAUCAAUAACAUCAACACGUACAUCUAAUAUGAAAACAAGUAUUGAAUAUUUAAAAGAAGAAGAUUCUGAUGAUCAUUUAUUGUCCAUAUCUGUUGUUUAA